CCUUCAUUGAGAGCGAGAGCAAUCCGACGACGUUCUUUCCAACAAUCACCCUGGCCGAUAUACUUCGCCAAUAAUAUACUCCACCACUCCAUAUUAUAUCUAUAUUUAAUAAUACCUGGUUGAGAGCUGGCACUCGUCUGCUCCUUCCUAUACUUCGACUUCCAACUAAUAAUCAACUUCUAGCAACAAUGGACGGAUAUACAAUGCCCCCCAGUGGACAGCCACAAUUCGCAUACUACCCUGCCGAGUCACAACCGAGACAACAAUACGCCGGCCAUCCUUCUGAAAUGCAAUACUAUGGCCAGGUCUCGCAAUUCCCACAUGCCCAGCAACAGCCUCAACAGCAGCACUGCGUGCCCGAGCAGCAGCCCAUCUACUCUGCUCCUGCAGUCCUGAACAUGCAUCAAAUGGCCACCACCAACGCCUUCCGCGGUGCCAUGAACAUGACUCCAAUCGCUUCCCCACAGCCAUCGAACUUCAAGUCAUCUCUCGCCGUGCAAGGCUCGCCUGCUUUGAUGCCCAUCGACACUAGGUUCGUCGGCAACGAAUACUACGCAUUCCCCUCAACACCACCGCUUUCCGCCGCCGGCAGCUCUGUGAGCAGCCCGCCUUCUUCCAACGGUACCCUCCACACCCCCAUCGACAGCUUCUUCACAUUGGAGAAGGUGGAGGGUGUUAAGGAGGGGUGCGAGGGCGAAGUCCACACUGAGAUCCUAGCCAACGUUGAUUGGCAACGCUCGGCAUCGCCUGCCAUGACUCCAGUAUUCAUCCACAACCCUUCCAUCUCGAGUCAUGGUUCGGAGCUUCUAUCAGCUAACAGCUCUUGCCCGUCCCUUUCUCCAUCGCCUUCUCCCGUCUCCUCUAUGUUUGGACAGUCCCAAUCACCACUCCAGCUUGAGCACUCCACUUCUUUCUGUGACCCCCGGCAACUUACCGUGGAGUCGGCGCACAACGCUCCUACUGAGCUGCCACCGCUUCCUUCUCUGUCUUGCGACGAUGAGGAGCCCAAGGUGGUUCUCGGUAGCGAGGCUGUCACUUUGCCCGUCCACGAGAACCCCGCUCCAUCUUUCACAUCCUCCAACGAGGACCCGCUUAACAGUCUGCCAACGUUCGAUAGUUUCUCUGACCUCGACUCAGAUGACGAGUUUGUGAACCGCCUGGUUGACUUCCACCCCAGUGGAAGCACCUUCUACCUUGGUGGAAAGAGACAGCGCCUUGGAACCUACUCUCUGGAUGAGGACGAGUUCCUUAGCGAGCACGGCUUGGAGGAUAACGAGGAGCUGGAUGUGUCUGUUUCUGGUCUGCCAGCCAUCCCCGCGGAAACUGGUGAAGCUUCAGAGGAGAUGGCCUCCAAGAAGCGCUGCAACCGCAAGUCGCCCAAGAAGGCCUCGACUGAAGACGACACCGAUGCAUUUGCUGACUGCCAGGCCCGCCAGCACUCUGUCGUGAGCUCUUCCGGGUCUGAGACUGCAUCCGCCCCUGUCUCAGUCAACCGCCGUGGCCGCAAGCAGUCGUUGACUGAGGACCCUUCCAAGACCUUCGUCUGCACCCUUUGCUCCCGCCGUUUCCGCCGCCAGGAGCACCUCAAGCGUCACUACCGUUCUCUUCACACGCAGGACAAGCCGUUCGAGUGCGGUGAAUGUGGGAAGAAGUUCUCCCGUAGCGACAACCUCGCUCAACACGCCAGAACCCACGCUGCCACAUCCGUCGUUAUGGGCGUCAUUGACAACAGUAAUGGUGCCCAGGCGUACGAAGAGCAGGAUCCAUCCACGAUGGGUCCUGUUCUGUACGAAAACGCGACCAAGUCGACUACCAGUGACUCGGAUGACAGCGCCGAGAUCUCGUCUGGGGACCGACGCUCCUUGAAGAAGCGCAAGCGAGAGGAGAGCAACGCGUGAUCCGGUAUCGCCUGAGCCUGUCACGAACGCUAUGCGACCAGGAGUUUUCUUCCCACAUACAUUCAUCAUACAACAUUCCUGCAUUUACACCAGCUUCGACUUCUGCACUGAUUGGUUUGACUUGGAUUCGGCGUUAGAACGGCAAUUAUCUUUUUUAUCUUUAUUUUCCAAGGUUACGGUUCGCAU